AGCUCUUUGGUCUCGGUUGCGGAAAUAAGAUGACGAAGGGGACGUCAUCGUUUGGAAAGUGUCGCAAUAAGACGCACACGUUGUGCCGCCGCUGUGGCUCGAAGGCCUGCCACCUUCAGAAGUCGACCUGUGGCAAAUGUGGCUAUCCUGCCAAGUGGAGGAGAAAGUAUAACUGGAGUGCCAAGGCUAAAAGAAGAAAUACCACUGGGACCGGUCGAAUGAGGCACCUAAAAAUUGUAUACCGCAGAUUCAGGCAUGGAUUCCGUGAAGGAACAACACCUAAACCCAAGAGGGCAGCUGUUGCAGCAUCCAGUUCAUCUUAAGGAUUUCAACGAUUAGUCACACAAUAAAUGUUCUGGUUUAAAAAAAUAAAAAUAAAAGAAUAAAAAAA